UUUGGCCACACAUCUCUCAUCGCCUCCGCCCCCUCCUCUUCUUGCCGCACGCUCCUUCCUUCUCUUGCUUCCACUAGCUGGCGAUGGCGGCAAUGGCGAAGCUGACCAUGGAGAUGCACUCCGCUCGCACUCUGGUUCCUCCCCCUUCCACUUCUUCUACUUCGCCUCCCUCACUCCCCCAACGCCCCUCCCUUUCUAUUUCCCUCCCCACCUCAACCGCCAUCUCUCUUUUGGCUCUCUUCCCUCUUCCCUCUCAUGCCAAGCCUCUCUCCAUCUCCAAGGACCAGAUCGUCUCUUCCCUCACCCAGGUGGAGCAGACCAUCGAUCAGGUUCAGGAGGCGGGUUCCGGCGUCUUCGAUACCACCCAGCGUCUUUUUCAAGCUCUGAGCGAUGCUUUGAAGCCUGCCCUCGACACCGCCUUACCCGUUGUACGCCAGGCCGCAGAGGAGGCUUUUCAAGUUGCUUCCCCGGCCAUCUCCGAGGCUUCCAAGAAGGCUCAAGAAGCACUUCAAAGCUCCGGUCUUGACACUCAGCCUGUUCUCACUGCCGCCAAGACCGUAGCAGAUGCUGCACAGCAAACAGGCAAGGUUAUUGAAGACGCUAAGCCAAUAGCUUCAACAACUGUGGAAACGAUAUCUUCUGCAGAUCCUACUGUCAUAGCUGGAACUGCCGGAGCAAUAUUUCUUGCUUAUCUCCUCCUGCCUCCUGUGUGGUCUCUCCUCUCUUUUAACCUUCGCGGUUACAAAGGUGAGCUUACCCCUGCUCAAACCCUUGAUCUUUUAUGUAGUCAAAACUACGUUAUGGUUGAUAUCAGGUCAGAGAAGGAUAAGAACAAGGCCGGUAUUCCUCGCCUCCCCUCUAAUGCUAAAAACAAGAUGAUUGCCAUACCAUUAGAAGAACUGCCAAGCAAGCUGAGAGGCCUGGUGAGAAAUGCGAAGAAAGUAGAAGCUGAAAUAGCAGCUUUGAAGAUCUCAUAUCUCAAGAAAGUAAACAAAGGCACCAAUAUUGUGAUCAUGGACUCGUACUCGGAGUCGGCAAAAAUAGUUGCGAGAACGCUAACGAAGCUGGGGUUCAAGCAGUGCUAUAUUGUGGCGGAUGGGUUUUCCGGGAACAGAGGAUGGUUGCAGAGCAGAUUAGGGACAGAUUCAUACAACUUAUCGUUUGCAGAGGUACUGUCACCAUCCAGAGUAAUCCCUGGCGCAGUGAGCCGCUUUGGGACGACCAGCGGAAAACUUCUUCCCGGGGCUGACUGACAUCCAAAAUCCAUUUGUGCAUGCUUCAACUCCUCCCCUACAUUAUUCUUCUCAGUGAAUUUCAUUAUUCUUUUGCCAACAUCCACUCUCAAGUCCAGUGAAGGAAAUGUUCAUAUCCAUAUCCAGCCACCAAUAUUUAAAAAAAUUUGCAUGCUCAGAGGCCAGA